CCCGUUCCCUGACUGGGCGGCUGCUGGCGUUCUCCGAGCGCCAUGGCCUCCGCCGGGUUGGCGGCCGGGCGACCGGCCGAAGAUGCGAUACCCCCGCCGGCCGAGCCGCCGCUGGCCGAGCCGAAGCCGCCGCCGCCGCCCGUCGCUGCGCCCCAGCAGCCGGCGCCGAGGCCCCCGUCCCCGGCGGGCGCGAAGGAGGACAGCUACUCGUUCCUGCCUUUGGUCCACAACAUCAUCAAAUGCAUGGACAAGGACAGCCCGGACAUCCACCAUGACCUCAACGCCCUCAAGACCAAGUUCCAGGAGACGCGCAAGGUCAUCAGCACCAUGCCCGGCAUCCACCUGAGCCCUGAGCAGCAGCAGCAACAGCUGCACAGCCUCCGGGAGCAAGUCAGGACCAAGAACGAGCUUCUGCAGAAGUACAAGAGCCUCUGCAUGUUUGAGAUCCCCAAAGAGUAGACGAGGCCGCCGCGUUCAGGAUGCCCGAGAAAGCACGGGAGAGCAAGUGGCCCGAUUGGUUCCUUAUGAAGUGUGGUUCUUUGGACCCCAGCUCUGAACUUUAUAGCCGAGUGGCGGGGAGGCUAUUGUGCUGCUUCCUCAGCUGAACUUGACGUUGACUGUGGGAGGGGCGGCCUGGAGCUCAGAGUGGCUGGGGCUUCCUUCCAUGUGUCCGCGUGUCUCGAUGCGUAAUAGCUGGAGUGCCUGCCGGUGGGAAGAAGAGGGUCCUGGCCCUGCCUCUGGGGAGGGGCCACCUCCUGCGUGUUUGGGCUCCACUGGCAUCUCCGCUUUGCUUCCUGCCUCCCUCUCUCUUCCCCCCGGACAUGAUCAGUGUGUGCCAGGACCACAUCGUUCUGUUAACAGUGCUGUGUAGCCUUUGCACGAAGUUCACUGGACAGAUGAGGCCUGGGCUCGUGCGGUGUGGGCUUAACAUGGUGAACGAAGGCUGGGAGAAAGCAGUUUUGAAAGACGUUUUCUCCUGAAACUGUUUCCUUUUAUGUUUGAGCCAGUGAGUGUAACUGUCCAUGGGGGGUCGGCCAGCUGCCUGCCGGUGGCCCCUUGUCAGGUUCUCUGCCACCUACAUGCUCUUUUCACUUUCAGCUCUUGCUCCCUUUGUCUCCUGUCAUCUGCGGGCAUCUCGUUUAGCCAUUUAAUGCCCAAGAGUGGCCAAACCGCUUCAGACCUCCUGGGGCCGGGGGGGAGUGUCGCUUCUACGCAGGCACAGGCGGGCUUCCGGCAAACAGCCGGCCUCUUCCAGCGUCUCAGAUUCCGUGGUCUUGGUUUAAAAGUUUAUUUCUCUCUCUGGCCUCGCUAAAGAGCCAGCACGAACAUUACUGCGCUGCAGGCAGGUCAUGAUGGACUUUUUGUUCAGAAGGGCGGCUCGGUGACAGCUGUGACCGUCCCUGGGCCAGGUGCAGUUCUGAAGGGUGGGGCGCUCUAAACCCAAAGUUCAGCAGCCAAGUUCUGGUUCAUGAAAUGUUUACAAACACCCCUAAUUUCCUGCAGGUGGGACGUUUUAUUUUCAUGCGCGUCCCUGGCCUCUUAAAGGAUAAGGUGAGACUAGUAACCAAAUAUUAUUUGAAUCUAGAAAUGAGUGCGUAACCUAUGCUGACCAGUUCUGGGGCUUACCAGCUGCCUGCUGCUGACCUGGCCGGCAGGUGCUGACGGUGGAGAUAUUUUUAGCAGAGCCUCGCUCAGUGGCCCUGCAGCCACCUGCCAGAAGAGGGCGGGGCGGGAGCUGGGUCUGUGGUGGGGAUCCGGUUUCUGUGGCUUUGGACAGAGGAGCCGGCUCUGCAUUGAGGUGGGUAGUACCUGUUAGACUUCUACGUUGGGACUGUUCUUUAACUGAAUCAGUUAUUUUCUUGAACUUUCAGAGUAAUGUGGGGCCAGUUUUAAGGCUCUGACCAAAUACCAUGAAGCACGAAGCACAUGGGAUGCAGGGCCCGGGCUUCCUGCCAGGCUGGGAGGUCAGCGUCCUGGGCGCCGUGGUUUUCAGGAGCGUCAUUAAAAGCACUUUGCUCUGCUCUCAGGACAUCUUGGUUUUUGUACUCAGAAGUUCUUAACAGGAUGUCUCCUGGGCACUGGAUAUGUUCCCUUUGCUUAGAGAUGACAAAGGGGCAACCUCCACUCCGCACCCCUCCCCCCAGCACAUGCAUGUUACAGUGUGGAAGCAGCAGCUCCUGCUGGCCUGGAGGCUCAUCCUGCCCGCCCAUGAUGGGCCCCAAGGCCAUCCCUCAUUCCAUAAGGGGUCAGUCCUGGCAGGGAGCAGCCCUCACCAGAGCGAGGUGGUAGUCCCUCCCCCGGGACAGUAUCAAGUGCCCCUUACCGGCUGAACACCCCCUGGAAGCCGAUUAUUUGGAUUAUUGGGUGGCAGGCACUUUUUAUUUCUUUAAAGAUUUUUAAAAAUUAAUUUGAGAGACAGGGAGAAACAUCGAUGUUCCGCUCAAAGCUCUCACAUGGAUGGGCCACCUCCCGCAGGCCCUCCCCCCGGCCGGGGAUCAAGCCCGCAACCUGGGCAUGUGCCCUGACCGCAGAUUGCAGCAGCGACCUUUUGGUGCACAGGAUGGGACGACAACCAACAGCCACAGCGGCUUAAACAUCACACUUAAUUCUCACAGCAACUCCACGCAAAGGGCGUUCUCUGUAUUUUCCUGGCACAGAAUUCGGGGCUUGGCAGGUGUCGCUGCCCCAGGCUCGCACAAUUCAGAGGGGUCCUGAGCUGAGAGUGGCUGCCUCCGCUCCUGAGGAAAGGAGCCAGCAGAGAAGCGCGCCGGACACCUACCCAGGGCAGAAAGUGCUUCCUGGAGUUGGAGGGGCCCGGAGGCUCAACUGUCUGUAGACAGCCGCCUGGGAGUCCGGAGAGGAGCCACGGGCCAGCUCUGCCUCCUUACUUGUGAACGCAGGGCCCAGUGACACCUCCAGACCUGUCACCUGGGGCCUGCACUGAGUAUUGGACAGACAGUUGGGCACAGCCCCAGGGGCCUUUGUGGCUGGGUCACAGGGAAGCUAAGCUAGAAAGAUGCAUCUCAAGAGAGGACUCUGAAAUCCUUUCUUGUUGGCCUCGAUUUCAAAGGACCCAUUCCCCAAAUAGAAGGGCUUCUGCCCAGCCAUCCGGAACUUUCCUAGAGCCUCUUCCCCCAGGAGAGCUGAAGCUGUGCUCAGAACGCUGGUGCGUUUUCCAGGUCUGGGAAGGGGAGCCUAAGCCACAACGUAGAAACCCACUCCUCCCUCUCACCCUGCCCCUCGGCCCAUUUAUAAAAGCAAAGAAAGCA